AUGGCGAACAAAAUCCUCCUAGUCUUUAUCGUCUUCGACGUCAUUUUCCUCCUCUGCGCCGGCCUCCAUCUCUUCAUCCCACUGUACACCCGCAUGAACAUCAAGCAUAACAACAAUGUCAACAAUAUUGCGUCCAACCUCUUGCUCGACAAUUGCCCACUGACAGUGAGCAUAGUCAACUCCGUCAUCAUGUUGAUCGCCUUCCUCCUCUCUGUUCCCGCCUUUUUCAUGCGGCGCAACCGCACCUUUUUGAAAUUCCAUGCCUGGGGAGUGGUGGUUGCUGCCGUCCUCACCCUGGCCAUCGGUCUGGACAUCUGGUUCUCCACCCUCCAAACCAAGAAGAACCUCGCUCCCAUCUGGAACGCCCAAGCACCCGCCACUCAGACCAUGCUACAGAGCAAAUUCCAAUGCUGUGGGUACAGCAAUCCCGCGCUGUUCGUCAAAGACCAGACUUGUACCAGUGCAGCCACGGCGGCAAGGCUGGGCCCUUGCAUGACCCCCUUUGGCACCUUUGCGAAUCGAUUCCUGGACGUCGUCUUCACCACAUUCUUUGGAUUUGUCGCUGUCGAUAUGAUGCUCCUGUUGGCUGCGUUGUGUUUGAUCAAGGAUCGAAAGGAGAAGGAACGAUACAGGCUGAUCGAUGAGAAGAGAGGAUUUGGACCUAUCUAA